CCACGGGAUUUCUUCUGUCGGACAAUCAUACAAAACACUAAACAUUCGCAUUUGGUCGUACUUGAUUCUCCCAACCCACAAACGCAUGUUGAAUGAGUUGCGUAUGCGAUCGUGAGUACCUCCGAAGUGCCACGCCACCAUAUCCACGACAUAUGGCGGUCGACGAAGCACGGCCUAUCAAUGUGUGUACGGAUGCGCGAUGAUGCUAAACAGCUCGAGUGUGCUGCGGGGCCCCUCCACAAGCGCACGCCCGAUCCGUCCCACUUGCGAUGAACUAUUUUCGAGCUUACAAGUCAACCUGAAGAACCUGACAAAAUCACUAUUCCAACACUCAUUCACCAUACGUUCACAUUUGCCGUUUUGACGGGCUGCGAAAUGUCUGACAGCGACGAUGAACCCAUAACCCUGUCCUCACACGCGCUUGAUGCCCUCAAGCAGUUCUACAGUGAUAGAGAUACACACGCGGAGAGGUUCGAGAAACUCAAGGCCGAUGCCGAGCGAAAUGCCCAGCCAGGGGAGCCUCUGUCUAUGGAUGCUUUCACUGAAGAUUGGAAUGAAAGCCAGUUUUGGUACUCUGACGAGACGGCUACUCGUCUCGCAAAGCAGCUCCUUGUAGAUACUACCCAGGACUCAGUCGUUGCCGUGGUCUCAGCGCCGAGUGUAUUUGUCGCAUUGAAGAACUUGGCAAACCUUGGCCCGGAAUCGCCGAGACCCAAGAUGUACCUCUUGGAGCAUGACCAGCGAUUUUCCGUGUUUCCGGAGUUCAUUUUCUAUGACUUCCAACAGCCAUUGAAGCUGCCUGCCGAGCUUAAGGGCAACAUCGACCGGAUUGUAUGCGACCCGCCAUUCCUGAGCGAGGACUGUCAGACAAAAGCCGCAUUGACUUGCCGGUGGAUGGUCCGCUCAUCCAUAGCGCAAGAUACCCCAUCAGGGGCUCGAGUAAUUGUCUGCACGGGAGAGCGAAUGGAGUCGCUGGUCACAGGACGCCUGUAUAAUGCAUUUGGUGUACAGACUACUGAUUUUGAGCCUGUCCACGCCCGAGGGUUGAGCAACGAAUUUUACUGCUACGCCAACUUCGAAUGCGAGGACUGGAAAUGGAAGGACGCGGGGCAAAAGCACUAGAUGGGAAGCCAGACCUAGUUUCCACACUGAGGUGGAUGGUCACCAUGUGUUUCGGGCAAUGGGUUUAAGGAGCGGGCCUUGCAAUAAGCAUCAUAUACGCUUCCUUCACGCUUAGCUCUGUCAUCAUCCAGUAUUUUGCCAAUAAGGCAGCGAGACUAGUCCGUUGUCGCGCUGGUUCGGCCCAGUAUCGAAAGAAGGCAAGCAAGUCAUGUGGUCUAGAUGCUUUGUUCUACGAACUGUGUGGACCCUGUUGGACUUAAUCAAAUGCAUGAGCGU